AUGGCGAGAAAAGCGUGUGUAAAUCUGCUGACGACAUUGUUCCUCCUCAUCCUGGUUUGGCCGCCGGUAACAAGCAGCUUGUACUUGCGAAAUUACACCCGUCGUCCAACAACUAUCGACGACCUUUGUGGAAAGCUGGGGACGGACGAGCCGGCCUGGCCUCAUAAGUAUUCUCUCUAUGCCUUGAAUAUUAUUAAGCUAUCCGACAGCGAUGUUGCGGGAAUCAGGGACUGGCUCUGCCGGAUUGAUGCUCCAUCCAGCAAUAAAUAUUUAAGGCGACAUCCUUAUGCCCCAAGGAAAUGUCUAAAGCACCAUCCUUGUCCCAUUAACCAAGCCCCCAACAGCACCGCCAGCAACACCGCCUUCGUGGAGAAUUGUGUGGCGGCGCUCUUCGAUACACCAUGGUAUUCGUGGUUGGACAGGAUGAAGUGGAAGCACCUGGAUUGCCAUCAUUACUUUAUGAGCCUGAGCAAGAUGAUCAAGCUUUACAGGAACAGAGGCAUGUGUAUGGCUCGGGAGAUACUACCGUCUCCCUUGUCCCGCCGACCUGCUUAG